AAAGCCAAGACAGUGCCCAGCCUGGAUCACUGGGAUGUGCUGGUGGAAUGUGCUGGUCACCAGGUCUGUACCUGGAUCAUGGUUGGGGCACUUGUGGGGUUUAUUGUGGACACAGGACACCAAAUGACCUCUAGAGAUGGACUUGGGCAGGAGGAACCCCCAACCCAAAGCGCUCACACCUUGUUUUUCCCCACCCAAAAGGGUUUCUCCUUCCCAAACCUUGGGCAGAUGGAGGAGAAAGCUGUGAGGAAGAGGAGGAAGAUGCCGCGGGCGGCACCUGAGGAAGAUGCUGAGGCAGGCCCCGAGCUGAGGACGGAGAGCACGGAGGACAAAUCCCCCCGGCAGAGCCUGCUGGGAGAGGUUGUUCUGAAGGAGCAGGAGGAGGAGGAAAAUCCACGGAGAUCCCCCAGGAGAAGGAGCUGCAAAGCCAUCCCAGGGAGCUCUGAGGAGGAAGGACCGACCCUGUGCCAGGAAAGCGGCCAGAGCUCCGAGCUGGAGCUCCGUGAGGAUCUUCACGCCAGGGAGAAGCCCUUCAGGUGCUUGGAAUGCGGGAAGAGCUUCAGGAGGAGUUACCACCUGCUCCGCCACCAGCAGAUCCACACCGGGGAGCGGCCCCACAAGUGCUCGGAGUGCGGGAGCAGCUUCAGCCGGCGCUUCUGCCUGACCCGCCACCGGCUCAUCCACACCGGGGAGCAGCCCUACGAGUGUGAGGAGUGCGGGAAGCGCUUCAACGACCGCUCCAACCUCCUCACCCACCGGCGGCUGCACUCCAAGGAGAGGCCCUACGAGUGCUGGGAGUGCGGGAAGAGCUUCAGCCUGAGCUCCGACCUGAUCAGCCACCACCAGAAGAUCCACAGCGGGGAGCGGCCCUACAGGUGUGGGGAGUGCGGGAAAGGCUUCAAGACCAGCUCCCACCUCCUCCUGCACGAGCGGACGCACACGGGGGAGAGGCCCUUCCGCUGCAGCCACUGCGGGAAGGGAUUCACCCGCAACUCCCACCUCGUCAGCCACCGGCGCAUCCACACCGGGGAGAGGCCCUACGAGUGUGGGGAGUGUGGGAAGAGCUUCAAACAGAGCUCUGCCUUGGCCUCGCACCAGCGGAGCCACCGGUGAGGGGAGCCCCUCAAGUGCCCCGACUGCUGCUGCUCCAACUCCCUCAGCCAUGGGAGGACCCACAUUCCAGGUGAUCCAGGCUGGGCACUGUCUUGGCUUUGUGUGCCCAGGGUUUGGUAGCAGAGAGGGCGGCUCCAGGGCUGGAUUCUGGGAGCGAGUCCAUCAGCGAGUCCAUCGGUGCCCCAGGAAAUUCCAGCCCCCUGCGCCCAACCCGUCCCUCGCCGUGCCGUUCCGAGGAGCCCUCGUGGAUCGGUCCUGCGGGAUCCCCGGGUGUCCACCCGCCCUUUGCAGGGGAAAUGAGCCAUCAGCAAAAGGAGGACCCCUCAGCAGCAAUUCCCGCUUUAUCCCGGGGUGUUCCCGCUGCAGGACCGGGCGGGGUGUGGAACAACCGCUCUUUAUUCCAGGGUUGCUGGUGGCGGUGUCCGACUGCACAGACCCGUCCAGAGCCGUGCCCUGACAAGCUCUGAUCCCAAGGAAAAUGCUCCGAGAGCCCCGAGUGCGGAGAUCCCAAGGAAAAUGCUCCGAGUGCGGAGAUCCCAAGGAAAAUGCUCCGAGUGUGGCUCCGAGUGCAGAGAUCCCAAGGAAAAUGCUCCGAGAGCCCCGAGUGCGGAGAUCCCAAGGAAAAUGCUCCGAGUAUGGAGAUCCCAAGGAAAAUGCUCCGAGCGCGGAGAUCCCAAGGAAAAUGCUCCGAGCGCGGAAAUCCCAAGGGAAAUGCUCCGAGUGCGGAGAUCCCAAGGAAAAUGCUCCGAGUGCGGCUCCGACCCCCGUGGGGCUGAGGCGGGUCCAGCUCAUUGACAGAUCCCAGCAGGUACCGCGGAGUUUUGCCUCAAUUUUCCUCCCCCAAUUGUUAUUUUUAGAUUAUUUUGUAUUUUUAGAGUAUUUGUUUUGUGUUUAGGUGGAGCUUGAGCGGCUUUAAUCGUAAAUAAGAUUUGUGAAUUGACCGGUGUAAAAUCCUCUCGUUUCAAUUUUUAAAAGGGGGUAACUUUGGGAUGGUAAUAUUAAAAUUAAUGGUAAUG